AUCUGCUGGAGUGGGUCCAGAGGAGGACCACGAAGUGUUGGUAGCCUUAUAUGAAGAGCCAGAGAAACCAAGUAGUGCACUCGACUUUUUGAAGCAUCAUCUGGGAGCUUCAGCUCCUGAGAAUCCAGAAAUAGAGGCACUUCGCUUGGAAGUGGCAGAAAUGAAAGAAAAAUAUGAAGCUGUGUUGGAAGAAAAUAAAAAUCUGAAAUCCAAGCUGGCUCAAUAUGAACCACCUCAAGAUGAGAAGCAUGGUGAAUAACAGUAGUUUCUCCUUUAAUGCCUUGACUUAAUAAAGGGAUUCCUGAGAA